UGAUCGUGGAGAGCACUUCAGCAGCCAUGGACUCCUGGGGCACUCAACGGAAAAAAGUAGCCGUCAUCGGUGGUGGUCUGGUUGGAUCGUUGAAUGCAUGCUUCCUUGCCAAGAGGAAUUUCCAAGUUGAUGUGUACGAAGCUAGGGAAGAUAUCCGAGUGGCUCAGUUGGCGCGUGGGAGAAGCAUUAACUUGGCCCUUUCUCACAGAGGACGCCAAGCCUUGAAAGCCAUGGGCCUGGAAGACCAGAUUGUAUCUCAAGGAAUUCCCAUGAGAGCAAGAAUGAUUCACUCUUUUUCAGGAAAAAAGUCUGCAAUUCCCUACGGGACAAAGUCGCAGUAUAUUCUUUCUAUAAGCAGAACAAAUCUAAACAAGGAUCUGUUAACUGCGGUGGAGAGCUACCCCAACGCCAAGGUGUACUUUGGCCACCGGCUGUUGACGUGCAACCCGGAGGAAGGAACCAUCACGGUGCUUGGAUCUGACAAAGUUCCCAAAGAUGUCACCUAUGACCUCGUUGUAGGAUGUGAUGGAGCCUAUUCAACGGUCAGGAGUCACCUCAUGAAGAAACCCCGCUUUGAUUACAGUCAGCAGUACAUUCCCCACGGGUACAUGGAACUGACCAUCCCACCUAGGAAUGGCGAUUUUGCCAUGGAACCGAAUUACCUGCACAUCUGGCCUAGGAACACCUUCAUGAUGAUCGCACUUCCUAACAAGAACAAAACUUUCACUUGUACGUUGUUCAUGCCCUUUGAAGAGUUCGAGAAACUUCAAACCAGCAGAGACGUGCUGGAUUUCUUCCACAAGUAUUUCCCGGACGCCGUUCCUCUCAUGGGAGAGCAAGCCCUGACACAGGACUUCUUCCUGCUGCCCGCCCAAGCCAUGAUCUCUGUGAAGUGCUCCCCUUUCCACUUUAAGUCACGCUGUGUGCUGAUGGGCGACGCGGCCCACGCCAUUGUGCCCUUUUUUGGGCAAGGAAUGAACGCAGGGUUUGAGGACUGCCUGGUAUUUGAUGAGUUAAUGGAGAAGUUCAAUAACGACCUCAGUAUGUGUCUUCCCGAAUUCUCAAGAUUUAGAAUUCCAGAUGACCAUGCAGUUUCAGACCUAUCCAUGUACAAUUACGUGGAGAUGCGAGCACAUGUCAACUCAAGAUGGUUCAUCUUCCAGAAGAACGUGGAGAGAUUGCUUCACGCGAUCAUGCCGUCGACCUUCAUCCCCCUCUACACCAUGGUCACGUUUUCCAGAAUAAGGUACCACGAGGCGAUGCUGCGCUGGCGUUGGCAGAAAAAGGUGAUAAACAAAGGAUUCUUCCUCUUCGGAACACUGGUAGCCAUCGGCAGUACCUACCUCCUUAUCCGCUCCACGGCCCCGAGACCCCUGGAUUACUUGAGAAGACCAUGGGACUGGGUCGCUAACCUCCAGAAUACAGGACACAUUUCCCUGAAAACCCCCUGGAGUCACUAGAACGAAUCCCCACUGUCAUCAGCAGGCGACAGAAAGGUCGUGAAGUAGCAAAUGACACUUGAUUUCUCUGUAACCAAAUCUAAGGAUCAAAGCCAUGGUUCCCAUCAUCAUAUUUAUGUCACUCGUGGAAGGUGUUUGUCAGCUUAAGAAUUAAA